AUGAAUCAUCGGCGAAGCGAGCGAGAGAACGAUGCGCAACAGGAGAGUGAACCGUGCUUGUGCCACAGUGGCCAAAGUAAGGUGACAAGGUGGCUCAAAAUGGAUGGUUUGCAAGGAUCCAGUACGAACGUUAACCGGUUAACCGUUAAACGGAGGAGCAAUUUCCUGACGCUGGUGGAGAAGGUUCGCAUAAUUGAAGAUUUUGAAGCAGGAGGUGGUACGCAUGACUUUCUUGGGAAGAAGUACGGCGUAGGAUCUUCUACGGUCACGAGAAUAAUCCAAAAGAAAGAAGCAAUUCGUGAGGCGGUGGACAUGUUCAAGGAAUAUGGUGUAAAUAAUCGAAAAACAUUGAAAGAGCAGACGUUCCCUUUGCUGGAAGAAGCUCUUUACAUCUGGAUUUUACAGCAGCGGCAGUCCAACAUUUUGUUGACAGUGGAUAUUCUUAAAGCAAAGGCGGAGCUGCUGUUUAAGAUGUUCCAGGACCGGGGGCUCUAUGCGGUGCACGGUUUUUCUGCUUCGGAUGGCUGGAUGCAUCGUUUUAAGCAGCGGUUUGGAUUGCGCGUGAAAGCCGUAACAGGAGAAAAGGCAUCGGUAAACGUUGAAGCGUACCUAAAUUUCAAGAAGGUUCUACAGAAGAAGAUUCAGGAAAUGCAGCUAUCACUAUCCCAAGUCUUUAAUGCAGAUGAAUCUGCCUUGUUCAUCAAGCUCCUAGCCACACGCUCUGUCGUUACCUGUGAUGAGACCGUGGCAAGCGGACGGAAGCAAAACAAGACAAGGUAUACGUCUAUGCCCUGCUCCAACAUAGAUGGUUCCCUAAAGCUUCCGUUGUAUUUCAUUUGCACUGCUGCAAAACCACGAGGAAUCAACAUCGAAGAACUUCCCGUUUCAUAUAAUCAUUCCAAAAAGGCUUGGAUGACCAGACUGUUGUUCCGUCAAUGGUUCCACGAAGAGUUUGUCCCCGCUGUUCGAAAAUUUUCAGCCGAGAGAGGAUUGGAGCCAAAGGCAUUGCUGGUUCUUGAUAAUUGCACCAGUCAUUAUGACGUUGACGAAUCUCUACAGAGUGACGAUGGACUGAUUCAAGUGAUCUACCUCCCACCAAAUGUAACUGCUGAAUGCCAGCCGAUGGACCAAGCGGUCAUCAAUGCAAUCAAGCGAAAGUAUAAAAGAAAACUAAUGCUCGCAUUAAUUCUGGAAAACGAACACUUAAGUUUGGAAGAACGAUUGAAGAAGAUUAAUCUUCAACAGUGUAUUUCGUGGUUGGCAACUUCUUGGGAGGAGAUAUCUGACAAAACUAUACGUAAUUCGUGGAAGAAAUUGAUCGAUGGUUUGCCAGAGGAUGCUGUUAAUGUAGACUCGAAAGCGGCCGAUGAUGACUUCAAAGCGCUUGUGUUCAGGAUUGACAGUUUGGCAGGAACAAAAACAUCUGAGCAAGAUAUUGAUCUGUGGAUCAAAGAUCAGGUGUAUGAUGCUGAUCAUAAUCCAGAUUGGGUAACCAGUGAAGUGUUCUCUGAUGACGAGAUUUUGUCAUCAGUUCUCAAGAAAGAUCAACCUGAAAUGCAAGAAGAAUGGUUGGUAGACACAGAAGAUGGAAGUAAUUCGUUUGAUACUUCCAUUACUAGUACCGGAGAUCCUGAUUUUGGCGAUGCAAUCAAGUCAAUUGAUUGCCUAGUUCGCUAUAUGAAGCAUGAUGUUGCAGAAGUAUGCCGUUUGAACGCGCUACGUUCGAAAAUCACUGAAGUUGAAUGGCUAAAACAAGCAUGUUGA